GCGGCUGUAGUGGUUCCGCUGGCUGGUGUGUGCGCGGCGAGCGAGUCCCAGUGCGGCCCGCUCGGCUCCUACGUCCGAGACCCCCGCCGCGACUCCAGCUGUGGCUGGGCCGCCGUCUGAUCAUGGACUCUGCUGGCCAAGAUAUCAACCUGAAUUCUCCUAACAAAGGUCUGUUGUCCGACUCCAUGACGGAUGUCCCUGUUGACACGGCAGUGGCUGCCCAGACUCCUGCUGUCGAGGGUCUGACGGAAGCUGAGGAGGAAGAGUUGAGGGCCGAGCUCAUGAAGGUAGAAGAGGAAAUCGUCACCCUGCGCCAGGUCCUGGCGGCCAAGGAGAGGCGCUGCGGAGAGCUGAGGAGGAAGCUGGGCCCCUCUGCUUCGGAGGGCCUGAGGCAGAGCCUGUCCAGGAGCUGGCGCGACGUGCAGGUCUCGAGCGCCUAUGUGAAAACUUCUGAGAAACUUGGAGAGUGGAAUGAGAGAAUGACCCAGUCGGACCUCUACAAGAGGACUCAGGAGACUCUCUCUCAGGCGGGACAGAAGACUUCAGCUGCCCUGUCCACCAUGGGCUCUGCCAUCAGCAGGAAGCUCGGGGACAUGAGCAGCUACUCCAUCCGCCACUCAAUGAGUAUGCCAGCCAUGAGGAAUUCUGCUACCUUCAAGUCACUUGAAGACCGAGUUGGGACCAUCAAGUCUAAGGUGGUGGGUGGCAAAGAGAAUGACAGUGACAGCUUUCCCUCCCCGACUGGGAGUGGCGACAAGCCCCUGCCCGAUCACGCGCCCUUCUAAGCUGAAGCAGCUUUGCCGGCCACGGAGCAAGUGCAGGCAUGCCCUCAUCGCCACGACAGCCACUGCGCAAGGGAGCAACAGCAGCUGCAGGAGGACAUGGAGCGCUUUGAGGACAGUCAUGCCGUCACACGUGGACGUGGCCCUGCACGCGCAUGACUUAGAGAACAGUCUUGUGUACAGAUGCUUCACACUAAAGUCGUAGAUGCAACAAUCACUGUGCCAUCCUUCCCGGGACCAGGAAGUGGACGGGGCUGGGGAUCAGAGCCAUGUUCCUUUUGGCAAUCUUGUUCAUCAGAAUGCUGAAACAAUGGGAAGAGACAGGUGUAAAGUGAGUGGUGUUUCUAAACUCCUCCUCCCCUGUGCCACGGAAGGGAGCGUCUUCCAGAAGCCCCAUCUGACCUGCAGUUUUUAUUUCAAAAUGCUAACCAAGAAAACUGUCCAUUUCCUGAGAUCCUCCAAAAAGAAACUAUCGGCUGCCUCAUUCUCACACUAAUGAUCUAGCUUUAGCAAAAGCAAAUUAUUUUUUAAAAGCAGUGGAUUUUUCAAAAUUUAAAAUUAAGCAAAACAGCUUUAGCCUCAUCAUUACAAGAUUAUUUGUUUGGACUCGAGCUAAAAUACAAGCCUUAUCACCUAAUGCUUAUUUGUUUAUAAUGUUUUUAUUUAUACGAGUGAGUUCUUUAGUGGGUUCUGACACUGCACAGAAUUCUGCAUCUACCUGAGGGCCGCGCGCCUGCGCCAGUGGUGUGUUUCAUUUCACUAACGCACUCCCAGUGUACGGAACUCGCUCUUCUCUCCUCAACAGCCCUGGCCAGUGGGCUCCUGGGCCUUGGGGAGUGGCGAUAGGAGAAAGAAAAGCCAGCACCUGACAGAGCUGCCGCGCUGCCCUCGUGGGCCAGGCCUGACCAGGCGCAGCUGGCACGGCACUCAGUGGCUCCAGCUGUGUUUGCUGUUCACAUGCCCAGGACACUCGAGAAGUGCAUGGACCCUGCAGGGCCGGGCAGGGCGGGGUGUGGGGGUCAGCUGGACCUCUACUGUUGCCUUUUCUCAGGAGCUACAAAGAUCUCUUUCCCAUUUUGAAGCUGCCACACCCCAGCAGCCUCACCCAGGGCCCCAGGUGUCGGGUGUGUCUGGAGGGGCAGCUUGUGCCUUCCUGGUUCUUAGCGGGCCCAGGCCUGGCCUGCCUGCAUGUGAUGGGCGCACCCCCUGGGGAGAAGCCAGCAGCUCAGUGACCACUUUGGGGGACUGCUCUGGGACCAGAGUGUCUGCGGUCACCUCAGACACCCUGGGGGCUGUGGUCCGCCCAGUGUUGUUUCUUCAGAGUCGGAACCUCAGACUCCUGGCAGGAGGCCGGAGGCAGGGCUACAACGGAUGUGUCUUUUCCAUAAAGUAAAUAACACAUAAAUAACCAAUAAAGCAUUCCUUCGGGGGGAAAUGAACUUCAA